AUGGCGGAGGGGGCGCAAGGGCCGGCCGGGCCCGUUGGCGAAGACGAGGCGGCGGCGGCGGCAACAGCAGCAGCGGCGGGGCUCGCGGCUCCUUCUGCGGGCGGCUCCGGGACGACCCCCGCGACCUCGACCCCUCGGCGGCGCCUGGGCGACCUGCGGGUGAUCGACCUCCGGGCCGAGCUGAAGCGCCGCAACCUGGACACGGGCGGCAACAAGAGCGUCCUUCUCGAGCGGCUGCGCAGCGCUAUUGAAGAAGAAGGAGGGAAUCCUGAUGAGGUUCCCAUGGCCUCAGAGAACACUAGCAAGAAAACCCCCAAAAGAUCUAUAAAAGGACGUAAAUCAGAAGAAGAAGGGGGCGAGGACAAUGGAUUGGAAGAGAAUUCCAGAGAUGGACAGGAGGAUAUUGAAGCAAGCUCAGACAAUCUGCAGGAUAUCGACAUGAUGGACAUCAGUGUGUUGGAUGAAGCUGAAAUAGAUAACAGCAGCGCCGUGGACUGUGGCGAUGACUACCGGUCUGAAAGCAUUCUUGAUCCCGACAAGGACAACCUGGACAUGGAAAUGAAAGAACUUCCAGAGCAGCUGAUGGAAAGCGAGGAGAACGGUGAUGAACUUGAUGACCAGCUAGAGGCUGCUUCCCCUGACUUGGCUGAAAUGAAGGAUUUGGAAGAGCAACAUUCCGAACCAGAAAAUGAGAAAAUGCUCGACAUUUUGGGUGACACUUGUAAAUCUGAGUUCCUUAAAGAAGAUGCGUCUGAAUCGGAGCAGGCGCAGGAAGCAAAUGAACCGUUCCCGGACAAAAAGGAAGACGACGAAGACGCGCUGGCUGCCAGCACCCAGUUGGACGAAGACCUUGUAGAUACAGACAGCCAGUCAGGCCCGCCGGCGGCCAAGAGCCAAGAGGACGAAGCCAAGCUCUUAGUGGUAGCGAAAGGGGAGCCCAGCGAGCAGACAGUUGAGGAAGCCAAACCGGACUCGGACUCUUUAGCGGUAGAGAGCAGGAGUGGAGGUGGAGGUGGAGGAGGUGAUGGUGAUGAUGAUGAUAGUAGCAGAGAAGCUCAAACUCUGGAAGCCAGUAGUGAGGCAACCGCGGAAUCGGACACAGGUCCCCAAGUGGUUAGUCCAGAGGCCGAGAAGAUGGAAGUGAAGGCUAAUGUUGAGGAGGAGCCCUCUGCCACUAGAGAGCCCUCUGCCCAAGAGGGUGGUGAUCAGAACACGAGUUCUGAGGAAUCCAAAGACCCCAAACAGGCUACAAAAGAGGAAAAAGGUCACAGUAGCACUAGCACCGGUCGGAACUUCUGGGUCAGUGGCCUCGCUUCCAGUACCCGAGCAACUGACCUGAAGAAUCUCUUUAGCAAAUAUGGGAAAGUGGUUGGUGCCAAAGUAGUGACCAACGCUCGCAGCCCCGGUGCUCGCUGUUACGGUUUUGUGACAAUGUCCACAGCGGAAGAAACUACCAAAUGCAUUGCUCAUUGCCACAAGACGGAGCUGCACGGCAAAAUAAUCUCGGUCGAAAGAGCAAAGAAUGAACCUGCCACAAGGAAGCUUCUGGAUAAAAAGGACAGCGAGGGGAAGACCGAAACGUCAUCUGCCGAUAAGAGUGCCAGUGCGAAAAAGAAUGAAAAGGCUGAUUCAAAAGAAGAUAGUAGCAAAGCGGAUGAAAAGGACGAAAAGGGGAAAGAAGAACAGAAAGCUGGAUCUGCCGAUCAAUCUAAGACUCCCAAAUCAGGGGGCAAAGGGACGGAAAGAACCGUGAUAAUGGAUAAGUCCAAGGGUGAGCCAGUUAUUAGCGUGAAGACCACAUCACGAUCAAAAGAAAGAAGCGAGAAGAGCCAGGAACGCAAGUCGGAGAGCCGAGAAAAGAGCCGAGAGCGACAAGGCGACGUGCCGUUCAACAAAGGCAGAGAAAGGCGACCGAACGAAGAACAGCACCGCACCGGCGAUCGUCGAGAAAGACAGCGCUUACGCCUGCAAUCCCUCUGGGAGCAGGAGGAGCGGAAGAGGUUGGAGAUCACCCGGGAGAAGCUGGAGUUUGAACGGGCGCGCCUGGAGCGGGAGCGGAUGGAGCGGGAGCGCCUGGAGCGGGAGCGGAUGUACAUUGAGCACGAGCGGAGACGCGAGCAGGAACGGAUCCAGCGGGAGAGAGAGGAAUUGCGGCGGCAGCACGAGCAGCUGCGCUACGACCAGGAGAGGCGCGUGGCCCUGCGGAGGCCGUAUGACAUGGAUGGGAGGAGGGAUGAUCCCUACUGGCCCGAAGCCAAGCGGAUGGCAAUGGACGAUCGUCACCGUUCCGAUUUCGGCCGCCAGGAUCGGUUCCAUGACUUCGAUCACAGGGAGCGUGGGCGGUACCAGGGCCAUCCUCUGGACAGGAGAGAAGGGUCCCGGGGGAUGAUGGGAGACCGAGAAAGGCAGCACUAUGCAGAGGAACGCCACAGGGAUCCAGAUCGCCACUCCAGAGAAGGUUGGGGCAGCUACGGGUCAGACCGGCGUAUGAACGAGGGGCGGCGAAUACCUCCCCCGUCCCGAGAUGGACGUGAAUGGGGGGAUCACGUUAGAAAAUUUGAAGGCCACCCCGAUCGCUCCUGGCCAGGUAACGAUGAUGGGGGCCCACCAGGACGUGAUCAUGAGCGAUGGCGAGGUGGGGGCAGGGAACGGCGUGGCCACGUAAUGCCGCGAGGUGGAAUGUCUGGGCAAGGAGAUUUCAUCCCAGGCGGCCCGCAGGAACAGACUGUCCAGGGAGAGGGCUUUGCAGGACAAGAGAGGGCGAACCGGCCCAGCGACCCCCGGUUCAGCCGUCGCUAUUGAAUGUUUUUAUUGUUUUUAACUGUACAAAUGGCAACCAAGACUAGGGACAAAGAUGCUCGACACUACGACUCUCAGUGUACCACUGAAUGUGACCUUUAAGUUAACCUUCAUUGUUUCACUUCCUUAGCUCAGUACGUGAAGCCAUUCAUAAUUUUUUUUUUUGUUUUUGUUUUUUUUUGGGUAAUGUGUUUCUGUAGGUGCUGCCGCACAUGCUCAUCCUUUCGAAGAAAACGUGUUUCUUUUACGAGGCAUUCCAUUUUCUAUAAAUAAAAGGGGG